AUGAUCCAUCCCCUCCCCACUUGCUUGGACAUUCUUAUACUAAAAUAUCACAAAGCCAUCUUCUGUGGUUCCGCGCCCGCUCUAUCUGUGCUCAUCAAGACCUACGCACCCCGUGUCUUUGGCAGCUCGUAUGGCCGCCACGACUACCAGAGCGACCGUCACACGCCGGGAAACUCGUCGGGCCAAACACCCGCGCAGAAACUCUCCGGUCGGAGCAAGGACGUCUGGCACAAAGCGAAGAUCAGUGGACGGCGGGGACUCCAGGACACUACACUGACUGGAAGUGAAGAGGCAAUUGUUCCUGGGGACGGAAUCGUCUUGAAGACGGAGUUGAGGAUGGAUGUGAUGCAGCGCGAAAGGGAGAACAUUGAAGCUGCGGUAGCGGAUGAAGCUACGUAUAAAGGGAAGGGGGUUAGACAGAGCGUGUGA